GAUCAUCCCUGUAUCAAAAUGCGAGCAUCCAGCGGAGAUAGAUUUUUAUUUUAUUCGAUAUUUUCAUUGCUGCUAAUCUGCAAUUUGGAAAGAAUCUUAGGUGAUGUAAGCCCGGAAGAUGUGAAAACGAUAGAAUCAAAUGUCCCCACAAUUUGGGAUCGAAUUUUAAGCGGUGUUAAGAACUAUCCUUGGAAAACGAAUGUAAUUGAGAAGGAGAGCGCAGAAGCUGCUAAAAGGAGAUCAGUUCUAUGGCAAAGACUAACGAUGGCCACAGUUCUUUAAUAAGUAUAAGUAUUGCCAGAUUGAAAAUAUUGGAAAUAAAUAAAUAAAUAGAUAUACAAUUUGUUGCUGUACUGCAAAAUAAAAUAGCAUUG